AUGGCGCCCACCGCUGCGCCUUGGGCCAAGCCUGGCGUCGCCGGCCCCGGCUCCUCUGCCCCGCUGCCGGCCGUGAGCCGCGGCGAGCUGACAAAGGCGCCGUGGGCCGCCGUCAGCGGACCCGCGCUGACGGGGCGGCCCGUGGAGGCCGCGGUGCCGCGUGCCCAGCCUCGCCUGCCCUCCGUGCCCUCUGCCGACUUUUCGGGGCACGCGUUUGUGCCCGCCGCCAAGCGCAUCCUCAGCACCGACCACCUCAAGCAGUUUCUGAGAAGCGAUGUGGCCUGCGACCUGGUCUCCUUCAUCCUGGCGCUCAACAAGGCGGUCAAGGGCAAGCAGCUGUCAGACCCGUGCGAGGAGUCGGAGGCGGUGCGGAAGCUGGUGGGGGUGCUGGACAUGCUGUGGCGCUGGGUGGACGAGAUCCCGGCGGCGGCGCACACCCUGCGGUACGGUAACCCGGCGUUCCGCACCUGGUCGCUCCAGAUGACACAGCAGGCGCCGCAGCUGGUGGCGAGCGUGCUGCCGGCGGGGCUGCAGGCGGCGGCAGGGGAGCUGGCCGGCUACUUUGCAGACAGCUUUGGCAACGCCACGCGCAUAGACUACGGCACCGGCCACGAGACCACCUUCUGCGCGCUGCUGUACUGCCUGGCCAAGCUGGGAGUGGUGGGGGAGGGCGACGCGCAGGCGCUGGUCACCCGCGUGUUUGCUCGCUACCUGGAGCUCAUGCGCAAGAUACAGACCACGUACUGGCUGGAGCCUGCGGGCAGCCACGGGGUGUGGGGCCUGGAUGACUACCAGUUCCUGCCCUUUGUCUGGGGCUCGGCGCAGCUGGUGGACCACCCCUUCAUCAAGCCGUCGAGCAUCCACAGCCGCGAGGUGCUGGAGGGGUAUGCCUGCGAGUAUCUGUACCUGGGGGCCAUCAAGUUUGUGAAGCAGGUGAAGAAGGGGCCGCUGCAGGAGACCAGCCCCAUGCUGGUGGACAUCUCGGGCAUACCCAUGUGGUCCAAGGUGAACAGCGGCAUGGUCAAGAUGUACCAGGCCGAGGUGCUGGCCAAGUUCCCCAUCAUGCAGCACUUUCUGUUUGGCUCCCUCAUAGACUUCAGCCCGGCCGCGCCGGCAGCAGCAGUGGACGCACCAGCCCCACAGCGUGCGCCGCCGGCAGCCGGCGCAGCAGGCGCGCCAGGCGUGCAGCCAUCACCAGCCGCGGCGACGGGCACAUAG